UUAUUAAGACUGCUCUGGAUCAAGUCCAACACAGAAGCAAGUGGGAGAUCUCUUUAACUUUAGAUGUGAUAGAUACCUAUAUAUCCUGACAGUGACAUCCACGAAACUGUCAUUGAAAGUUUGGACACCUAUAAACCACGCUCAAUCCAAGAGUUUAAGGACGCCUAAAGUGAAACUGUUUGUAGACCACGCAAGUCUAAUUGAUUUGUAUAUGAUGAACUGUGGAGUCCAUGGCAAUAAUUAAGCUAGCUCUCUAAACAUUAAUAUAUCGUUUUGCCUCACGAAAUAGAUACAGAGACUAAAUUCAACCAGUUACUAAAAAUAAAAAUGAGCUACAGAAUUGCUAGUUCUACUUUGGCAUUGGCAAUAAUCGUGAUCACAUUUGCAACAUCUUGUGAUGCUCAAAUUACAGAUGAGACCUCAUCAACUGCUGGCAAGAAAUUCGUUGUCGGUUUCCCAAGAAAUGCGGUGAAUACAAUUUCAGGAAUCGAGUUGUCAUUGUUUAUCACAAAUCCAGAGUCAAGUGCUGUUAAUUUCACAGUCUCUCCAAUUAAUAUCAGUGGAAACAUUUCUAACUCUUCAACAAGGGUAAACGUUCCAUCCAGUUUUGAGGUUUUAUCUGUUAAUGAAAGGAACAAGGGGAUCCUUGUUGAAGCUGACGGAAACAUCAAUUUGUAUGGGAUAUCUUAUUACCUUCAAGUUCUGCAGAUGCUUAUUUAGCGUUACCAUGUUAUAAAAUGGCAGUUGAUGAAUACGAAUAUUAUGGAAUCUCCUAUGACAUUUUUAUUUUUCCUAAUGUGAUUUUGUUUGUGGCUUGUGAAAAUGGAACACUUGUCAAAUUCAAUUCCUCAACAAUAACACUAAAUAGUAUGGAAACAUAUCAGAUAGAAAGUGAUCAUGAUCUCACAGGAACAAGAAUAACAAGCUCCAAACCUUUGUCUGUGUUUAGUGGAGCUGAGUGUGCUAGUGUUCCUCAAGAUAUAAACUACUGUGACCACCUGGUUGAACAAGUACCUCCGACUGUGACAUGGGGGUCAAAAUUCCUCGUAGCAUCUCUCGAUGGUAGAUCUUCUGGUGAACGUAUUCGUGUUCUUAGUGCCCGAGCAGCAAGUGUAACUGUGAACUGCAACACUAACGUAUCAGUCAGUGAAUUCCAGUUGCAGAGUGGAGGGAGCUUCAGAGAAUUUGAAAUCCCUAUUAACAGUUUCUGUAGCAUUGAAUCCACUUCUCCAGUCCUGGUCGCACAGUAUGCAUAUGGUAGGGAUAGUGAUGGCGUGGGAGACCCAUUCAUGAUGAUAAUCCCUUCAAUUGAGCAGUUUACAAAUAAUUAUUUGGUCGAAGCGUUUCUUCUUUUCCGCGUAUCCAACUAUGUCACGGUGUAUGUUUCUUCUGAGUUUUUUCAACCUGAACAAAUAUUAUUAGAUAAUUCCAUUGUUACUGACUGGAGGAAUGUUUUCUGUUCAAGUGGAGAGAUUUGUGGCCACAUAAGUAGAAGGAAUGUGUCUACUGGAGCUCAUUCUAUCCGCCAUCAAAACAGCUCAGCUGUUCUAGGUGUUUCAGUGUAUGGAUUCGACGCAACAAAUUCUUAUGGUUACCCUGGAGGCAUGAGAUUAUCUCCCAUACAAUGCAACUGUGGUCAAAAUUCUAUUUGUUUGAAUAACAUGGGACAGUUCAACUGUAGCUGCUUGAAUGGAUUUGUGGCUUCAUUGUCUGAAACAGAUGAAGUUGUCUGUACCGAUGAGACCUCAUCAAGUGCUGGCAAGAAAUUUGUGGUUGGUUUCCCAAGUAAUACUGCUCAACUUCGACCAGUCAAGCCCGAGUUGUUUUUGUAUAUCACAAACCCAGAGUCAAGUGCUGUUAAUUUCACAGUCUCUCCAAUUAAUAUCAGUGGGACCGUUUCUACCUCUUCAACUAGUGUAAACGUUCCAUCCAGUUUUGAGGUAUUAUCUGUUAAUGAAAGGAACAAGGGGAUCCGUGUUGAAACUGACGGAAACAUCAAUUUGUAUGGGAUAUCUUUUUAUUCAAGUACUACAGAUGCUUAUUUAGCGUUACCAUGUUCUAAAAUGGAAGUUGAUGAAUACGAAUAUUAUGGAAUCUCUUAUGACACCAUUAGUAGUAACUUUCCUAGUGUGAUUUUGUUGGUGGCUUGUGAAAAUGAAACUGUUGUCAAAUUCGAUUCCUCAACAAUAACACUAAAUAGUAUGGAAACAUAUCAGAUUGAAAGUGAUAAUGAUCUCACAGGAACAAGAAUAACUAGCUCCAAACCUUUGUCUGUGUUUAGUGGAUCUGAUUGUACUCAAGUACCUCAAGGUAUAGGCGGCUGUGACCACCUGGUUGAACAAGUACCUCCGACUGUAUCAUGGGGAUCAAAAUUUCUCGUGGCAUCUCUUGGGGGUAGAUCUUCUGGUGAACGUAUUCGUGUUCUUAGUGCCCGAGCAGCAAGUGUAGCUGUGAACUGCAACACUGUUGUAUCAGUCAGUGAAUUCCAGUUACAGAGUGGAAGGAGCUUCAGAGAAUUUGAAAUCCCUAUUAACAGUUUCUGUAGCAUUGAAUCCACUUCUCCAGUACUGGUGGCACAGUAUGCUUAUGGAGUCCCAUUCAUGAUGAUAAUCCCUCCAAUUGAGCAGUUUACAAAUAAUUAUUUUGUCGAAGCGUUUCCUCUUUUUGUAUCCAACUAUGUCACGGUGUAUGUUUCUUCCGAGUUUUUUCAAACUGCACAAAUAUUAUUAGACAAUUUCAUUGUUACUGGCUGGAGAAAUGUUGUCUGUUCAAGUGGAGUGAUUUGUGGCCACAUAAGUAGAACAAGUGUGUCUACUGGAGUUCAUUCUAUCCGCCAUCAAAACAGCUCAGCUGUUCUAGGUGUUUCAGUGUAUGGAUUUGGCUCUUACAGUUCUUAUGGUUACCCUGGAGGCAUGAGAUUAUCUCCCAUACAAUGCAACUGUGGUCAAAAUUAUAUUUGUUUGAAUAACAUGGGACAGUUCAACUGUACCUGCUUGAAUGGAUUUGUGGCGUCGUUGUCUGGAACUGAUGAACUCGUCUGUAACCACCCUCCUGUUGUGACCACCAUUCAGCCGGAUCCUGUGCUACUGAACACCGCUGUGGACCUUGUGUGUGUUGUAACUGGAGACAUUCCUAUAGAAAUUGUUUGGGAGCGGUUUGAUGUAGCCAGUACUGUAGAAGUUGUUUACACUGGGAAUGACACAACUGGUGGAAACUUCAGUUUAAUAGCCACUACCGAUAACUAUGGGAUGUACCGAUGUAAUGCAACUAAUCGUUUCGGAAUGGACUCUUCUUUCAGUAUCAUCGUUCAAGCUGUUGGCCCCACUCUCCCUGUUGAUGUAGACAUUGAAGUUGUAGUUGGUUCUACUCUCACCUUGACUGUAACCAUCACUGACUUCAACCUGCCACUGACAGAGAUCACCUGGUUCAUUGAUGGUGUUCCAGCUACAGCCGUCACUGGGAGGACAGGAGUCCUCACCAUCACAAACACCAGCACCACCUCUCCACCAGCCACCACAACAUUCACUCUAGACCAUGUUCAACUACCCAGUGAGAGUGGCCUGUAUUCUGUGACAGCAGUCAAUCCUGUUGGAAUGAACACCACCACCUUUAAUGUGACUGUCACUGGCGUGGUUUGUGAAGCUGAACGUGAUUCUGUAUGGGGGCUUGUCUUCCCUGCCACUGUGGCUGGCUUUUCCUAUUCCCAGCAAUGCCCACAAAAUGGAAAUGGAACAACUUUAGGUACUGCGACUCGUUUCUGUACACUGGGUGGUGUCUGGGAAGCAGUGAAUAUUGAUAACUGCACUAGCGAAGUAAUCAGUUCACUUAAUGACAGGGCAAAUGAACUAUUUUCUAGAAAUGCAUCUCAGAACAAUGCAUCUCAGAGCGAAGUUGACAACCUUCUUGUUUCUCUUGCGGAGGCUACUAGUGUAAAUACAACAGGAGACUCCACCAUAUUUCCCCAAGACCUCAGCACUACUAAUACGAUCGUCAAGUCAAGUGUGAAUUACCUCAUUCAAAACGUUGAGACUGCUAGCCCCAUGUCUUCUCUCAAUUUUAGUGAAGAAGUUAUGAACGUUCUCAACAAUGUUCUGGACGAGAGGAAUACAGAAGGAUGGGAAAGAUUACAAGAGGAUUCUUCUGCUGAGAGUCAGCAAUUGCUGUUGAGUGCAGAGUUAUAUGGUCAGUAUGUGUCAUUGGCACUGAGGAGUGAAGCUGUGGAUACAGGCAACGUGACGGAGGUCACACUUGAGAGACAAAACAUCGUUCUAUCUGCAAUGGAAGUUGACCCCACUAGUGUGGAUGAUAUUAUCUUUCCUGAAGUUGUCAAAGUCAGUGAAGAAACAGGCUCAGCCCAAAGUGCCAUAUCAGCUGCUCUUCUUAUGGAGAGAGGCGCUCUAGAAGGGAAUGUUGUAGCAGUCAACAUUCUAUUUUCCAACUUGGAAGAUUUUCUUCCAAAAACCAACCUUGAAAUGAACACGACCAGACCAGUAUCACAAGUUAUUUCUAGUCAAGUCUUCUCCAAUUUGAAGUUAACUAACUCUCAGGCACAGGCAACCUUCAAUUUCACCACCCAAAAGUUCUCUGAGGAUGAAGUAGCCAAAAAUGCAAAAUGUGUAUUUUGGAGUGUUUCUAGUGAUGCGGCCAACAGCACGUGGUCCACGGAAGGUGUGAUUACAGUCAGUGUGGAUGAAGACGAGCAAAUGAGAGUAUAUAAUAUUGUCUGUAAGAGCAGUCAUUUCACAGCAUUUGCUGUUCUAAUGGAUGUCUAUGGAGCACUGAAUGACACAACUCCAGAGAUCAGGGAUGCUCUAUCAGUGGUGACUUAUGUUGGUUGUUCCAUCUCCAUCUUCUUUCUUCUGUUGUCUAUCGUCUAUUUCUUGACAUUGAGAAAGGAGCUGCUGACCAAGGUUCAUAACUUCAUCCAUCUCAACCUGUCUAUUUCUUUGCUCCUUGGUUACGUGGUGUUCCUGUUAAUAGGAGUAAAGACUGUUGUGGCCAAAAAGAUAGCGUGUGCGUUUGUGGCUAUUCUCCUUCACUACCUGUUCACUACUGUGUUCUUUUGGAUGCUGUGUGAGGGAAUCAUGCUCUAUCUUAUGUUGGUGCUUGUCUUCAACCAAAUAUCCAAGAAAUGGUGGAUAUUCUUUAUUAUUGGAUGGGUUGUUCCAGUGAUACCAGUGGCUAUAUCUGCUGGACCAAUUCAUGACCAGUAUGGCACAAAAGAUUAUUGUUGGAUUGCUGUUACCGGUGAUAAAGGAGCCAUAUGGGCAUUUGUUGUACCAAUGCUACUAGUUGUUCUGGUGAAUGUAUUCUUCCUCUUGGCUGCUUUGCGCAGCGUCUAUAAACAGAGAAAGUCAGCCAUGCAACGAAGUGAAGAAAAGAAAUCUCAGUUACAAUUAUUCUCAAAACUCUUCAAGGCCACUAUAAUUCUCCUUCCAUUGCUCGGGCUGACUUGGGUGUUUGGACUACUACUCUUAGUCGACGACAGCACCAGUGUGUUUGCAUGGUUGUUCUCUAUCUUUAACUCACUGCAAGGCUUGUUCGUAUUCAUCUUCCAUGUGCUCAGGAGUGAAAAAGUCACAAACUUCUUAAAGCAGUGCAGAAAGAGAAUGGACAGCGCUGUAUCAACUUCUGCCUCAGGAAAAAACAAUGUGAGCAAGAAUACGAUGAGUGAUGGUGUUCAGCUCAAGCCAAGUCACUCUAGAUUCAGCGAACACGAUCAUAGUACCAUGCAAAAUGAAGUCGUUAAAGUCGAUGAGACUGCUGCAUCUGAGUCUGGCUCAGAGAAGUCGUACAUUGCUGGAUUGCUUGAAAAUGAUGAAGAGUGGCACAAAACUACGACCUUUAAUUGGAUAAAAGGUUUUUCUAACUCACAGGAAAGCCUUGAAGCACGGCUACUAAUAUAGUAUUAUUAUAGAAACUGAAUGAUAUAUAAUUAUUAUUAAAGUAUACAUAUACUAUUUUAUUUAUACUGCCGCUAUACUAUAUAUAGCGGAAUGUUCUUUACUGUUUGUUGUCAUUGUACAUAAUAUAUUAGUGAGUAGACCUGUAGAUCGA